AGAUUAGCUCCGCCUACUGAGUCCCGUUUGGGGACGUUCCAGGCAGGCACGCCCACACGCGUAGUCUUUCCUGUACUCCCGCGAUAUUUGGCAGCUGACUGACAGACAUGGCGGACUUGGUGGAUCGGAGCUGACCGGAGACAUGAGCCAGGGAACCGCUGACACCGAGCCUGAGGCCAAGGUGCUGCACACCAAGCGGCUGUACAGGGCCGUGGUGGAGACGGUGCACCGCCUCGACCUUAUCAUUUCCAACAAGACCGCCUACCAGGAGGUGUUCAAGCCUGAGAACAUCAGUCUACGGAACAAGCUACGGGAGCUGUGUGUCAAGCUUAUGUUCCUUCACCCCGUGGAAUAUGGCAGGAAAGCUGAGGAAGUUCUCUGGAGGAAAGUCUACUAUGAAGUCAUCCAGCUCAUCAAGACCAACAAGAAGCACAUUCACAGCCGCAGCGCUCUGGAGUGCGCCUACCGCACCCACCUGAUCGCCGGGGUGGGCUUCUACCAGCACCUCCUCCUCUACAUCCAGUCCCACUACCAGCUGGAGCUGCAGUACUGCAUAGACUGGACCCACGUCUCCGACCCGCUCAUCGGCUGCAAGAAACCGGUUUCUGCCUCCGCGAAAGAGAUGGAGUGGGCGCAGAUGGCAUGCCACAGGUGUCUGGUGUACCUGGGAGACCUGGCUCGCUAUCAGAAUGAACUGGCGCUCGUCGACACGGAGAAGUUGGCGGAGAGGUUUUAUUACCAGGCUCUGACAGUGGUGCCUCAGAUGGGGAUGCCCUUUAACCAGCUUGGCACGUUAGCGGGGAGCAGGUACUACCACGUGGAAGCCACCUACUGCUACCUGCGCUGUAUACAGUCCGAGGUCUCCUUUGAAGGGGCGUACGGCAACCUGAAGAGACUGUACGACAAGGCGGCCAAGAUGUAUCACCAGCUGAAGAAGAGUGAGAACCGCAAACUGUCACCCAGCAAGAAGAGGUGUAAGGACAUCAAGCGCUUGCUGGUCAGCUUCAUGUAUCUUCAGAGACUCCUGCAGCCUAAGAGCAGCUUCAUGGAUUCCGAGCUCACCUCUCUGUGCCAGUCAGUCCUGGAGGAUUUCAAUCUGUGCAUGUUCUACCUGCCCUCCUCCAUCAACCUGAGCUCGGCCAGCGAGGAUGAGGAGGAGUAUGAAGGAGGCUAUUCCUUUCUGCCGGAUCUGCUGGUCUUCAGGAUGGCUGUCAUCUGCCUGAUGUGCGUCCACAGCAUGAAGAGGGCAGAUUCCAAGCAGUACAGCGCCGCCAUAGCCUUCACGCUCGCUCUCUUCUCCCAUCUGGUGAACCAUGUGAAUAUCAGACUUCAGGCAGAACUAGAGGAGAGCUCGGUCCCUGCCUUUCAGAACGACAGUCCAGAAGAUCCAGAAUCCAGAGAGGUCUCUCACGUGAUUGAGAGAGACCCUGAACCUGAGCUGAACCAGGUCAACAAGCAAACACGAGCCAAACCUCAAAGCAAGAAAAGCCAGAAAUACUCGCGCCUCUCCCGUCUCAGGAGAAGGAGACCUGUCAGGAAGGUGGACGAGAGCGACCUGAGCGAGGGGUUUGACUCCGACUCCAGCCACGGAUCGGCCAAGGGCAGUGACAUUUCUGAGAGCGCGUCGGAAAAGAGCGACGAAGAAGCCGCCUUUGACAUAGAGUCGGAUUCUGACAUGAACAGUCAGGAGUCACGUUCUGACCUGGAAGACAUGGAGGACCACCCCAAAGAGGAGGCAAAGAACCCAAUGGAAAUCAAGGAAGUUCUCAGGACCACAGAAGAUACCAAACCUGUGAGCUCUGCCAAGGCAGAUGCCCAGGAGUCUGUGAAUGGUCCUGUUGCCACCACCAGUGAAGCCAGCAUAGCCAGUAACCUGCAAGCCAUGUCUACCCAGAUGUUCCAAACCAAGCGCUGCUUCCGCUUGGCGCCCACCUUCACCAACGUCUUUGUGAAACCAGAACCUGCACCUCCGGUCACCAAAGAACCAGAACCGCUCAUGAACGGAGAGGCAGAGAAGACCAACCUGAUGGGACAAGGAGAUGUCUCUGACUCUGAAGAAAGUGUGGAGAGCAACAAAUCCGGUCCCAAUGAGCGGAGCCUUCAGGAGAGGCUGGAGGUGAUCACCAGCGAGGGGCUUCUGGCAAGUGUCAAGGUCUUCCUGGACUGGCUGAGGACCAACACGAAUAUAAUAAUCAUGUGUGCACAGAGCUCCCAGAGUUUAUGGAACAGACUGUCGGUGCUCCUAAACCUGCUACCGUCUGCUGCCAAGAUCCAGGAGUCUGGGAUCUCCCUGUGCAGCGAGGUUCAGAGUCUGCUGCAGGAGUCGGAGCAGGCGGACAUGAGCCACCACAUCUUACUCCCCGAGGACGCUGCUCUGAGGAACCUACCGCCACUCAAGGCAGCACAUCGCAAGUUUAACUUUGAGAAGGAGCGUCCAGUGCUGACUGUCCUGGAAGAGUCCAUUGUGCGCAGCGGUUACAUCCGAAGCUUCGGCCAUUUCCUCACUCGGCUGCAGGGCAACGUCUUGCAGUACAACCCGGAGCUAGGGAUCUUCACCAGCAUCGUCGAGGCCCAGCAAGACGACAUUCUGCACCAGGCGCAGGCGCAGUUCCGCAUGGCUCAGGAGGAAGCUCGGAGGAACCGUCUCAUGAGAGACAUGGCCCAGCUAAGGCUCCAGUUAGAGGUAUCGCAGCUAGAGGGCACCCUACAGCAGCCUAAAUCUCAGUCCGCCAUGUCGCCGUACCUCCUACCGGACACCCAGGCCCUCUGCCAGCACCUGAACGCCAUCCGGCAACUUGCAAACAGCGGGAGGUUCAUUAUCAUCAUCCCUCAGACGGUUAUAGACGGCCUAGACUUUCUGAAGAAGGAGAAUGCCGGUGCCCGAGACGGGAUCCGAUACCUAGAAGCGGAGUUUAAGAAGGGGAACAGGUAUAUCCGCUGCCAGAAAGAAGCCGGGAAGAUCUUCGAGAGGAACAAGCUAAAGCGGCAGGAUACAAACGCCUGGCAUCUGUAUAAGAUUCUGGACAGCUGCAAACAGCUGACGGUGUCCCAGGGCAGCAACGAGGAGGAGACGGCAGGCAUGGUGACCAUUAUAACCGGCUUCCAGCUCGAGGACCCGGAACGUUUCUCCCCUGCCGUGCAGUCUGCCUUGCAGGCCGUAUCCAACUCCAACAUCGAGAUCAAGAACGUUCUAGAUUUCUACAAGCAGUGGAAGGAGAUGGGCUGAGGUCAGAGGUCAUUGGCGCUGGUGAUAUAAAAAGAAAUAAAACGAUUUGGAAAACGAAGAAAAACGAAACCAAACAGCAAAGAAGUAACCAGCGAGAUGUACAAUAAAGAAACACGCACCGUCCUCUUCUGAGCAGCUGGUGGGCGUGGCUCCGGAAAGAUGGUGGGCGGGGCUUGCCUUCCGCU